CAACAGGUGCUCCAUGCCAGUCCUCGCAGUCUCCCCAUCCCUCCCAUGCCCCCAGGGCAGGAGCCAGGGCUCCCGACCGUGACCUGGGCUUUGCUGUGCACACAGCUUUGCACUGCAGACCCUGAAGGCCCUGCUCUGCCAAAUGCGCUAUGAGCACGUGGUGGUGUCAAUGGAACGCAAGCGUGCCUGGGACACGCUGCUCUGUGCUGACACCCACCACUAUGCAGUGCGUCUUCUGGCCAGGGAGAUGCGCCGCGUCUCCAUCAUCUGGUGUUGCGGCAUGGCAUCCUGCCUCUUUGACCUGCUCAGCGAAGGCAUUUCAGACUGGGAACUGCCCGCCCUGGCGUUCCUGGUGGAGGUCCUGGACUGCCUGGACUUGAGCGAAUGUGGUGAAAAAGUCCUGGAGAUCUUGACAAGUCAGCUGCAGAGUGAGUCCACGGAGAUGCGUCGCGUGGUACUCCGCGGCCUCGUGGUGCUCACUUCGAUGGAUCCAAGCAUGUUCAACCUGACUGAAAGCCUUGGGAAACUACUGUGGGAUGCGGACGAAGACAUCGUGGAGAUGACCCUCAUUGUGCUCAGCUUACUGCUGCUGCACAAAGACCUCACAAUAGCCAGCCCCAUCGCCCUGCAGCUGGCUGAGGCGCUCUGGCACCUCUUUGACAAUGACAACAGCCAUGUGCAGCUGCUCUCCAUUCGCCUCUUCCAAGACGUGAUCACGCUGGUAGUGGCAAAGGACAAAAAGGCCCUGAAGAAGCAUGUGAGCGAGAGCCUGCUCCCGCUCUUCUUCCACUGCCACGAUGAGAACGGGCGUGUGGCACAGGCCUCUCGGGAAACGCUGCUUUCUGCAGUAAGGUUCCUGAAGAGGAAGGAUCUCAAGCAGCUGCUGAAGACGGAUCAGAUGUGGAGGUUGGCCGAGUGCUUGGUAAGGACGGCCUGGAAUCCCCAGCCCAAUCCCUGGAGAAGCCGCCUGCCCAUGGCACCCAGGAUCGCCGGGCGCUACCUGACACGGCAGCAGCCAGAGUUCCGGAUCAUCUGCAUGGCCCUUCAGGACAUGACGGAUGACACCAGCCCUACCGUCUCAUGCCUGGCACUUCAAACUCUGUACAUCAAUUUAGCUGUACAGAGCAUUCCCUCCUCCCGACUCCAGAAGAUGCGAGACCAACUCCGCCAGCUCUGGAAGUCGCGGCCUUUCCUGUUUCACUGUGGCUGA